UGAAAUCAUGUGCACACUUUAGAAAUGUCCUAUAAACAGAGCGAGGACGCAGGGACACAGACCACUGUAGCAGCCAAAGUCUUCAGUUACUUUUACUAAAAGUAAUAAAAUCCUGACGGAAAUUUGAAUUUUCAGACGAACAGAAUCGUCCUCGAGCUCGGUUUCCAUAUGGCGGCUACAGGGGGGCCUAUACUAGGGGCCACCAAUCCCACGGUGAACUACGAUGACUUCUAUGUCUACGGCUACAUGUCUGAUGAUGAACUGAUGCAGAUGGCCAUCGAGCGCAGUCUCACUGAGACCCACAACAACUCCACAACAUCUUCAGCUGAAAACGCCAGAAGCCCCAUACCUCAGCGCAGGACAGAGAUUCCCCAGCCGAGUCGGCACCAGACGCUGCAACUUGCUCUGACUCCGCCCCCUUGUCCUGCAAACCCACCCAGGGACAGAAAGGAUCAGCAGUCUGUAAUCGUGAGCCACUUCGUCACGGGUUACGGGAAGAGAAUGGUGGCGUAUCGGACAUUUGAUGGGACUCUGAUAGAAGUCAAACCCGAGGCGGAAGAGGACGUGGAUCCUGUUGUGAAGGCAAUCAGGGAAGGAGACGUUGAUACUUUGAGAGGACUGAUCAAAAAAGCAGAUUGUAACCUGCUGAUGUCGAAUGAAUACGGCUGGAUCCCGCUGCACGAGGCUGCGCACUUCGGCCAGGAGCAGUGUAUUAGAGCGCUCCUGAGAGUGCAACCUGGAAUGAUUAACAAGCGCACACCGAAAGAUCAGACGGCGCUGCUGUUGGCUGUGACGAGAGAGAAGCAGGAGUGUGUGGCGUGUCUUCUGGAGAAAGGUGCAGAUCCUGACAUCGCCAACAAGGACAAGGAGACGCCACUGUAUAAAGCAUGUGAGAAGGAAAACGCUGCGAUUGUGGCCAUGCUGCUGAAUCACAAUGCGAUGGUGAACAAAAGCUGCAUCCAAGGCUGGACGGCGCUGCAUGAGGCCGUGUGCAGGAACAACGUGGAGAUCUGUGAGAUGUUAGUGAAGGCAGGGGCAAAAAUUAGCACGCCCAACAUCUACGGCAUCACCCCCAUCUUCGUAGCAGCUCAAAGUGGGAACAUAGAUACGCUUCGCUUCCUCCUGAAGAAUGGAGCUGAUAUUAACAGCCAGGCAGCAGAUGGAGCCACAGCGCUUUAUGAAGCCAGUAAGAACGGUCAUGUGGAGAUUGUGGAGUUCCUGCUGUCUCAAAAAGCUGAUGCUAACAAACCGGGAAAAACUGGACUGCUGCCGAUCCACAUAGCAGCUCAGAGAGGAAACAAUGGUGGAAGUAGCCUGACUGGUUCACACACUGACCUCUUCACUUUCGGCUCAGCACACAAAACUGACAGGGCGCUUCAGAUUGUGACGAUGCUCAUCCCAGCUACCAGUAAGUCCCGUGUGAAGCGCUGCGGUAUCAGUCCUCUGCACCUCGCCGCAGAGAGGAACCGAGACGAGAUCCUCGAGGUGCUAAUCAAGUCCGGGUUCGACGUCAAUGCCAUGCUGUCUGAGGACCGCAGAACCAUGUACGAGGACCACCGCAGAACCACCCUCUACUUCUCAGUAAUAAAUAACAACAUCGAAGCCACCAGAAUGCUGCUGCAGGCCGGCGCCAACCCCAACCUGGACACUUUCAGCCCUCUGCUCAUAGCCCUAAGGCAGGGCUGCAUGAGUACCAUGACCUUACUGGUGCAACACGGUGCUAACGUCAAUGCCUACAUCCCCCUGCACCCCACCACCUUCCCUGCCACCAUCAUGUUCUGCAUGAAGUACCUCGUCAUGCUCAAGUACCUGAUGGACAACGGCUGCGACGCACUGUCGUGUUUCAGCUGUGUGCACGGCAGCAACCCUCACCCCCCUCUGAAAACGAUUCACAGCGAGAGAAGAAGUUACAGAGACAAUCAACCCAUAUUACACAGCACCUGCACCCAGUUCUGUGAAGUGGUCUCCAUGGAAAUGUACAGCCGCUGGGUAGGACCCAUCAUAGACGUCCUGCUGGAUUACGUGGGUGACGUGAAGCUCUGCUCCCGACUCGUCGAACACUUGGACAGUUACCCAGACUGGGCCAGUAUCAAGGAGAAAGCAAUGCCUCCGCGGCCUCUUAUGCAGCUCUGCAGGCUGAAGAUCCGACAGCUGAUCGGAAAUCACAGACUGAACAAAAUCAAAAAGUUGCCCCUUCCUGGACGACUGAUCAAGUUCCUGAAUCAUGAGGAACGAACAAAAGAUUUUUGAGCCUCGAUAAGUAUGAGAGAACACAGAUGAUGAAAAAGCUAUAAAUAAAUAAAUAAAUAAAUAAAUAAAUAAGCAACAACACAUUUAUGCUAUACAGCACUGUGCAAAAUUCAUUGGCUUGCACAACCUCUACAGUUCUUCUGGAGGCUUGAUUCUGUUUCUGCUUCUAAAACCAGAACAGCUUUUAUUAUAUUUGUGUUCAGAAAAUGAAUGAAUAUAUUAUUUCUGUAAUAAAACAUGUACUUUUCUUCAUGCCACAGCUGGAACUCCACUUCCCAGAAUACACUGUGGCAUUUAAACAUAGACACAGCAGAAUACAAACAGCACUUUUCCCCACUACCCACAGUACUGACACACCUGUUCCCAAUCUCACCCUCCAUCUUUACAUACACAGAUCCUCACUGUACUCAGUGUGCAGUUACCUGACUAACCACACCUUUGUUUAGGUGCCUGCUGUCCUGAUUUUUGAUCUGGCUUUACUUCGUGGUUGCUUCCUGUCUCUGAUUUGCUGUUUACUGAUCACCUGAUGAAUUGUUUGUCCCUGUUUUUGAGAUCUCUUCACAUUUUGUAUCUAUAUUUCACCUACAAUAAACAAUUGAAACUGCAACCGCAUUCUUCUCGGACUCCAUCUCAUGGCAUCAACAUCUCCAAGCAUACAGCUGGAUUCAUGGUGCACCGCCUUUGCAGCCUAUGCAGGGCAAGACACUUCAUAGAACAACAACAACACCUGGCUUUGCUGCAAGAUAAACUGAACAUGUUCACCACCGAUGCACAUCUUUAACGCUUUGUCCCUCAAAGAUCCUUGGCUGUAAGAAUCGCAGAGGGAAAAGGUUUUCUACAACAGUGUUCCCUGUACUUCUCGGGUCAGCAGCAGGUUUCAGGUUAAAAACUUUAGACACACAAAGCUAUCAAGUGGGCCAUUGUGGCCUAUAAAGGAGGAGACCUGCUGAAUUCUUAUAACAGUUUCAAAGAAUUAUUUCAGCGAGUAUUUAACCAAACCCCUGAGAGAAGAAUGUCACACUUGCUGCUUAAAGUGGAUGAAAUGAACUGAAAUUCAGUCACUCUCGGCUCAUCCAGGAAGUGCUCACAGAACUGGCUCAUGACAUCCUGUCACUCAAAUCACUGAUGGAUCUAAGCAUUCAUCUGGAUCAUCUACUCAGCACUCAGCAAAUUCCUAAGUACAUAGGGAACCGAGAUCCUGUAAUCGACCCCCUUGACCCAGUGCAACUCUAAGGGAUUCACCAGGCUGAAGAAGGAAUUUAAAGACCUUCAAAGAUGGUUGUGGGUCAAGAGCACAGUACUGUAACAGGUUGAUGAGAGAUGUCUAGGCUUAUGGGAUUACUUUAAAAUUGAACUAGAUUUGUAAAGUUUGUCACGACAAACUUUGAUGUUGGCUUUGAUGGUGCAAGUGUUCGAAAAGGAUGGUGCUUUUGGAGGCAAGUGGACAUAAGUGUUAGUGUUGCUUUUGGAGGGAAGUGGACAGAAAGCUAGAGUGUCAAAACAUUUGGAGGUAAGUGGAGACAAGCAUGUGACAUCAUCCAAAUACUCUUGAAGAAGUUCCCCUCAUUUGGCUGAGUGUUGUGCUAAUUUUUGAUUUUCACGUGACAUCACGUGACGUCAUCAGAAUACCCGCGAGGCAGUUCCUCUCAUUGUGCCGAGUGUUUUGAUAUAUCACAUGCCCAUGUUGUGCACAUUAAUUAUUUUCAUAUGACAUCACUUUACGUCACGUAAUGUCAUCAGAAUACAUGUGAAGAAGUUCCCCUCAUUGAUCUGAGUAUUUUGAUAUGUCACAUGUCCAUGUUGUAAAAGGUUUUUUGAUUUUGCAUAUAUUGUGGGCGGGGCUGCGGCACAACCGAAAGGCCAGUCGGUAAACCAUUUUAAAACUUUGUUCAG